AGUUUGGGACGUUCUCAGGAAGGUCCAAAAAGCCACUGCAGCGAAAACGGACGAUCCGAAGAAGGCCCUUUUCCGUUCCUCUCCCUCUCCCCCUCUCUCUGCGCCUCUUUGUACAAUAAUCUUUCUCUUCUUCAGUAAAAUUAGUGACUCAAAGCUUGCUCUCUAAUAUUUACCUGUCUCUUCAUAAUUUCUGCAACUGUUUAUCCAUAAUAAUCGUUUCUUUCUGGGCUUUUAAACUACCGGAACAAGACGGUUUUCGAGAUCGGUUUGAUCUUUUGUUAAUGGGAUUUUGCUAGAUUAAGCCAGAAUUCAGAUAAUUUCGAAGAGGCCAAAAAGAUCAGCUCUUUUGCGUUUGGUAUUUAUUAUGGCGGUACCUGAGAAUGCCGGAGCCAUAAUCGGUUCAUCCAGUCAAAAUUUGGACGACAGUGUAGUGUCAUCGGACUCAACUGUGACCAAUGAGCUGGAGAAAUCGAAACCCAGAACCGAGGCUAUUGUAAAUGGUUUAGAAGCAGACGUUCAACCUGUCAACGGCGAUGAUCAGUGUCUGAAUGAUGUGUUCGGCCAUCAGGAUAGAGCUCCGUCGGUCCCUAACGGCAAUUACAAGUCUCAAAUCACUCAGAUGCGAAAUGGGUUCGAGGCAAAUGGGGUUCAGAACCAGCAGAUGGUGUUAAAUAAUAGCGGCUACGGAAUUAAGCAAAUAUCUAACGGAGUAAGGAACGAUGGAGAGGGUGGUGAGAGUUUCAAGCGUGAUAUGAGGGAUUUGGAAGAGUUAUUGUCAAAGCUGAAUCCCAUGGCCGAGGAAUUUGUACCGCCAUCUCUUACCGUUAAUCACGGAUUCUUAGGUGAUGCUGGGUUUAGCUACCCUAACAACUUUCUACCCCAAACUAAUUAUGGCAAUGCAAAUGGACAUACUAACAGAAGGAGGAAGAAUGGAUACAAUCAAGGGAAGCGAAGAGCUGAUAAUAAAAUGGAUUUGGAGAAGAGAGAAGACAUGAUCAAGAAGACUGUUUAUGUGUCUGAUAUUGAUCAACAGGUCACUGAAGAGCAGCUGGCAGCUCUCUUUCUUAACUGUGGACAGGUUGUUGAUUGCCGAGUAUGCGGAGAUCCUAAUUCUAUACUUCGUUUUGCCUUCAUUGAGUUUACGGACGAAGAAGGUGCGAGGGCUGCUUUGAACCUGUCUGGCACCAUGCUUGGAUAUUACCCAGUGAGAGUGCUGCCUUCAAAAACUGCUAUCGCACCAGUUAACCCCUCAUUUUUGCCCAGGUCUGAAGAUGAACGGGAGAUGUGCUCAAGAACAAUUUAUUGCACGAAUAUUGACAAGAAGGUCACCCAGGCAGAUGUUAAACUCUUCUUUGAAUCUCUUUGUGGAGAGGUUCAACGCUUGAGGCUUCUUGGAGAUUACCAUCACUCAACUCGCAUUGCAUUUGUUGAGUUCACUAUGGCUGAAAGUGCAAUUGCAGCUCUGAACUGUAGUGGUGUGAUUUUGGGUUCGCUGCCUAUCAGGGUAAGUCCAUCGAAGACACCUGUUCGGUCUCGUGCACCACGUGGGUCAAUGCACUGAGUCAUGCUUCCAUGUCUCUUGGGUUGGUUGCAUUUUUUUUUUUUUAAUAUGUUUACAUACAUAGAUAGGAGCAAAUAUUGUCCAAGGUAUCUGUGGUCUUUAGUCUAUGCCCGUGUCCUUGAGUCUUGGUGUAUGGUCUCCGUUAACCCCAGGGGUUAUGGAUUACUUGUUUAGCUUGUAGAGUUGGAUCUGGGAUGGCACUUCGAGGAUCUUUGAUGGCUUAAUUUAUGACACUCAAUCUGAUGGAUUCAUCUUUGAGACGAGAGAAUUUUAUGGUUGGAUGUCUCUUUAACAUCUGGAAUUUUCUUGGAGAAAACAUGAUAGAAAGCCGUUGUUGUUUCUCGUGUCGUGAGCUGUU